AGGCCAUGUGAGUACAGCAUGCAAUGGAACAAACCCUGCAGACCCUGGGGAGAAUCAAAGCAAGAGAGAGCCUGCGGUGGGGGAGAGGAAAAAUGCCCUUUGAUGCAAGGGAUGCCCUGCUGGUACUGCCUAUCGCAUCUACUGCCAGCAUGGUCCUUCUCUCUCCUUUUCAGUGGUUUGCCAUCUCUUGAGGGUUGCAGGGAGAGCACAGUCAUCCAGCCCAGUUUGCAGGCCAGAUGCUGCUUCAAGUGGAAAUGUUCCUUCUCCAUUUUGCAGAGGAAGUUCAUCUGGAGUGUCUGAGGUGUCACUUCCUGACUAUAAGUAAGAAGAGACAUCAGUUAGACAAAGUACCUUCUGGCAAGCUUAUUUUAUUGCUGCUUUACUGCAAACACUGUCUUCUACCAUGACUUUCUGCAAGGUAUAAGGUAGUUACGAGGCACAGCAAAAUUCAGUGACUGAAGUGAAGCAAUACAUUAACAAGGUUCUGCAGGAGCACAUAAAAACAUGGAAUAGAAAGCAGUAUUUGAACAACUUGAUUAUAAAAAAAAUACACAAACAUUUUAUGUCCAAGGUGAAAGCUGCCAAUACAGCUUUUAACAUGUGACAGCACGUCACAUUAACUUCCUUAACUAACUUUGAGCAGGGAAUUAAACUAAGCACAGGCAUCAUCUUCCACAUGCUGCGCUGAGGUGCUGACCAUUCUGUACGGUGCAUUUCACAGCUCACACAAAGCUUCUGCUUCACUAUAGCAGAAAGGCCAUCAUAGGACAAAAUAAUUCAGAAGUUUAUUGUGUAUUGGUUCAUAGUUAUUUCGUGGCAGCCUGAAAAGACCUCUGUGAGGAUCCCACUAGGCACCGCGGCAGAGCUAGUCCACGCUGACGUCUUCGCGCUUACCUCGGAGCUCUCAAACUCCCGAUUCGCUGCCUCGAAAAUGCCCAUCGGUGCCGCGGCCUCCUCCGUCUGCUGGGACUCUGCGGGAAGAGGCGUGCGCAGUGUCGAACUGUAGAGGCACACAACGCCUCGCCCCCCCCGCCCCAGCCCCCGCCCGCAGCUCACCCCAGUGCAGCGGCCGCAGGUGCCGCAGAUAGCGGUCGCGCAUGGCCUGCCAGCUGUGCCGCGUCAGCCCAGUGCACUCCAGUUCCUUCCAUAGCGCCGUACCACUCACCCGCGCCCCGCUCCGCUCGCGCACGGCCCGCAGCAGCGCCGCGUCUUCCGCCUCGGUAAAGGGAAGGCGGCCACGCGGAGAGGCAGCGAGCGGCGCGGGGCCGCUGUGCCGGUAGAGGUCUAGCGGCAGCCUCCGCUGGCUCUCCACACACGCUACCACGUAGUCGGUGGAGACGGCCCCGUCAGGCGCCGGCUCCCCGGGCUGCACUAGGUGCACGGCGCCCGGCUCCUGCACGCGGCACAGCCCCGCACCCCCCGCCAGCAGCAGCGGCGCCAGGCGCAGUUUGGCCAUCCCAGGCCGUAUGUAGAAGCGCAUGGGGGUGCCGUCCUCCCACACAAACACCUUCCGUGGGGGUGCCGCCAUCUCCGCGCCCGCUGCGCAGGCGCACCGAUACCGGAAGGGCGGGACAGAGUCGGGAAGAUGGCGGCCGCGGCGGAGCGGGAGUUCGAUGCAGCGGACGCUGAGUCGCACCUCAGUAAAAAGUGAGGGUGGGGGGGCCGGCGGGGCUGGGGAGGAGUGUAAGGGCGAGGCAGGGCAGGUGAGGCGAAGCGUACGUCUGGCUGACACGGGUGCGAAUCCGCUCGACCGUCCGUCGGAGCGCGCCAUGCUGAGCCCUGCUGCUGUGCGGCUCCUCGGCUGGGCCCGGAGGGCCGCGCCCGCGCUCCGCUGGUGCCAGGUACCUCAUGGCCGAAGCAGCGAACUGAAGAGACGUCUGAAGGCUGAGAGAAAAAUCGCUGAAAAGGAGGCAAAGCAUAAAGAACAAAGUGAAAAGCAUCCAAAUAAGCCUUCCUUGGCUACUGAUUCAGAGGAUAACAUUGGUGCUGAUGAGGAAAGCUUGGAUCCAAAUCAAUACUACAAGAUCCGUAGUCAUGCAAUCCAGCAGCUGAAGGGCACCAAUGAAGAUCCUUACCCCCACAAGUUCCAUGUAGACUUAUCUCUCUCAGAUUUUAUAGAGAGGUACAGUCACUUACAGCCAGGAGAUCACCUGACAGAUAUUACAGUGAGUGUGGCAGGUCGUAUCCAUGCAAAGCGUGCCUCUGGAGGGAAACUGAUUUUCUAUGAUCUUCGUGGUGAAGGAGUCAAGUUGCAGGUCAUGGCAAAUUCCAGGCUUUACAAGUCUGAGGAAGAAUAUUUCCGUAUUAACAACAAACUGCGUCGUGGGGACAUUAUUGGUGUUGUGGGGAAUCCUGGGAAAACAAAGAAAGGAGAACUGAGUAUUAUUCCUUAUGAAAUAACUCUUUUAUCUCCAUGCCUACACAUGUUGCCUCAUCUUCACUUUGGCCUCAAAGACAAGGAAACUAGAUAUCGGCAGAGAUAUUUGGAUUUAAUUCUUAACGAUUAUGUGAGGCAGAAAUUUAUAACCCGUGCAAAGAUUGUGACAUAUAUUCGGAGCUUUCUGGAUGAAUUGGGCUUCCUUGAGAUUGAAACUCCUAUGAUGAAUAUAAUUCCAGGUGGAGCUAUGGCAAAACCUUUUAUCACAUACCACAAUGAGCUGGAUAUGAAGUUGUAUAUGAGAAUUGCUCCAGAGCUUUACCAUAAGAUGUUGGUGGUUGGAGGCCUGGAUAGAGUGUAUGAAAUUGGACGUCAGUUCCGGAAUGAAGGAAUUGAUUUGACUCACAACCCUGAGUUCACAACUUGUGAAUUCUACAUGGCUUAUGCAGACUACCGUGAUUUGAUGGAAAUAACAGAGAAGUUGCUUUCAGGGAUGGUGAAGCACAUUACUGGAAGUUACAAGAUCACUUACCAUCCAGAUGGUCAAGAUGGACAGGCCUAUGAGAUAGAUUUUACCCCUCCCUUCCGGCGCAUUAGUAUGGUGGAUGAACUGGAAAAGACUUUAGGAGUGAAAUUUCCAUCAACUGAGUCUUUUGAAACUGAAGAAACUCGAAGGUUCUUUGAUGACCUCUGUGCAGUGAGAAAUGUGGAGUGUCCACCUCCUAGGACAACAGCCAGGCUUCUUGACAAAUUAGUCGGUGAAUUCCUCGAAGUCACUUGUAUCAACCCAACUUUCAUCUGUGAUCAUCCACAGAUCAUGAGUCCUCUAGCCAAAUGGCAUCGCAUUCAUCGGGGACUAACAGAACGCUUUGAGCUCUUUGUGAUGAAGAAGGAAGUGUGUAAUGCAUACACAGAACUGAAUGAUCCUUUCCAGCAGCGGCAGCUUUUUGAAGACCAGGCUAAGGCAAAAGCUGCAGGUGAUGAUGAAGCCAUGUUUAUCGAUGAAAACUUCUGCACUGCACUGGAGUAUGGCCUUCCCCCUACAGCUGGCUGGGGCAUGGGAAUCGAUCGCUUCACCAUGUUCCUUACUGAUUCCAGUAAUAUCAAGGAGGUGCUUCUGUUCCCAGCGAUGAAACCGGAGGACAAGAAGAAGGAGGGGCAUCUUGAGCAGCCCGCCGAAGGCACCUCUGUGUAAAGCCCAGGGCUGGUCAUGAGUAAACGCAGCGAUGUAUGCCGUG